AUGGCCGCUGCUGUAGCUAUACAACCUCUGGCCCCUCGCUCCGGCCCAAUGGCUUUCAACCAACAACAACCAAGGAGCAGUAAGUCAUGA